ACUCAUACCCCUCAGUAACUUAAAAGCAUCAUCACGUAGCAGCAUUCUAGUCAUAUAUAAUGGACAAGUAGCAGCUACUACUGGAGAGUAAAGGGGUACUCCUUUCCCGCCUAAACUGGAGCAAACCUGAGACGCGGCCAUGGGAGCAGCAGCAGCAGCUGGCCAUGCCGCUCUCGCCCCUCGAAUCCUCCUCCCGCUCGUCGUCCUCGCCGCCGUUUGCCGAUGCGAUCCCGACCUCCUCUUCGACUACUGCGUCGCCGACACCGCGGCGGCGGCCGGGGCCGGGGUGCUCCACCUGAACGGCCUCGCCUGCAUCGACCCGGCGCUGGCCCGCGCCGACCACUUCGCCACGUCCGCGCUCUCGCGCGCCGCCACCGGCCCGGCCGCCACGCUCUUCGGCUUCAACGUGACGCUGACGAGCCCCGGCGCGUCGCUGCCGGGCGCCAACGCGCAGGGGCUCGCCAUGGCGCGCGUCGACCUCGCGCCGGGCGGCAUGGCGCCGCCGCACUCCCACCCGCGCGCGUCGGAGGUGGCGCUCGUCCUCGGCGGGACCGUCCUGGCCGGGUUCGCCGACACAUCGUACCGGCUGUACACGCAGCUGCUGCGCGCCGGCGAGGCGUUCGUGUUCCCGAGGGCCAUGGUGCACUUCCUCUACAACGCGGACACGGCGGCGCCGGCCGUCGUGCUGUCGGGGCUCAACAGCCAGAGCCCCGGCGCGCAGCUCGUGCCGUUCUCGGCGUUCCUGACGGAGCCGCGGCUGCCGGACGAGGUCCUCAAGAAGGCCUUCAAGAUCACCGGGCAGGACGUGCAGAGGAUCCAACGACACCUCGGUGGAUUGUAGGACAUUUGAUUCAGUUCUAGCCACCAGACUUUACUAGGCACAAACACACAGACACAUGUUAUCCUUACGCAUCUACAGCAUCGUCUCGCAUAUGUAAAUUGAUCAAGGAGUAAAUUAUAUUUAGCGAUACACGAACCUACAGUAUUAGAUAGAAGCAACCUAGUACAUAAAUUAUAAAACGAAUUUUUCGUUGCACGAACUCCACUUGGUGGACCGGAGGACGGGACGAGCUCGGCACCUCAAAAGGCCCAUUAGUUUCUGGCCUUCUCAGCCUUGCCUGCAUCACCUGGUCCACUACGUACGGUGAACGGAAUACAGGAAUAUCUUUCCAUAACAUGACAUGAGAAAGCGUGGACUUUAAUUGUAGUAGAGGAGCUAUACGUUCCAAAUACGUAAUACAAACCUAACAGCUAGCCAUGUCAUGCCGAUGCACAUAUUCCUUAUUGUUU